AUGGACCCCUUGAGCAUCGCACCCAUUGUGGCACAAACCACGGCUAUCUGCCUGACCACUAUCAAGAGUCUGUACAACCUACGGGAGAAGUUCAAGGAUGCACCGAUGGUGGUUACCGCCAUAUGUGCCGAGUCGACCGUCAUAUCCACGUCUCUAGCCCAGAUCCAGAGCCUUCUCCUUCAAAUGCCGAAUCUCGCUCGACAGUGGGCAUUACGAACCGAACUGCCCAUAGUCCUCGAUCAGGCACUCACUGGAUGCAUGCUGAUUUUCAGUUGUAUCGAGGCGGAGAUCCAGCGGAUCACCGGGGGCGUCCAGAAUGUUGCCCUAAAACGAUGGAGAUCGCGUCUUCGCAUGAUGUGGAGCGAGUCGCAGCUAAACGACCUCUUGAGCUCGAUUCGUGGUCAGCAGACCGCCAUGACCUUGCUGAUCCAACUGCUCCAGAUGAAUACCCUCCAUGAGAUCAACGACACGCUGCAACGGAAGGGGGACGCCUUCCGCAAGUCCGCUAGUAUGACGCAGUCCCUUCGCGCGCGGAACCCUAGCGUGAGGGUCGCCGGAUCCAUCUACAGCCAGGGAGCACGUGCGGGCUCUGCUUCUGCUGCCCCUGACGCUUUGUCUAUAGUUGCGCCCUCGGACCUCGAAUUCGACUUCGACGAAUUGGUUAUCAACAGUCGGGCAUAUCGCAAACUCGUCCACGCGCAGGCCAACAAGACCCAGACAGCUAUUGCCGGGGGUUCAACCUCGGGCAACCUUACCGGUAUGACCGCUGUGACCAAGGCAAAGGCAGAGGCGGAAGCUGCUGCCGCUGCUGUUGAGUCUGCCGUGGCCCCGGAGCCUAAGGCAGAGAAGUCUCCGACUGACCGGAGGAGCGAAGGAGAACUGGAGCCUAUGACCCGUGAGGUGGAGGAAGAGGAAGCACCCGGCGAGAAGGUGCGGGCCGAAAUAUCUGCCGGGAAACCCGCGGAGAUGGAAGAAGGGAAAAAGCGCGCCGCCGAGACCAAUGCAGACACUCUCGGGCAAGCGAUCACCGCGCCACCGGUACCUGCGACGACGCCGCUGGCGGUUCAGAAAACCCAGGGCAUACCGAAAAUAGCUAUGCUGUCAAAAGCCCUGCAAAAGGCAAAAACGGCAGUUGAGUUGGACGAUACACAGAACCUCGAGGGUGCUAUUAGGGCCUACGCCGUAGUCGGUGCUAUGCUCCAGCAGGUACUGUUGCGUACCUCUGGAGAGGAUCGGAGGAAGAUUGAGACCAUCCACUCAGUCUACAUGGACAGAGUCAUGGAGCUUGACGAGCAGCUCGUCGAUAUUGAGCUCGGAGAGAAAGGGUUCCCCCAAAGUCCUGAAAGCGAAUCUGGACUUGCCCCCUGA